GAUAAGGGUGUUACCAUGGUGAUGAAGGAGAUACCGAGGGAGGAGUCUGGAGAAGGAAAACCCCUCCUCACUGUGACAUCACAGCUGGUGAAUGAACAACAGGAGAGUCGACCCCUCCUGAGCCCCUCGAUUGAUGAUUUUCUACUUGAAGCAAAAGCCGACAGAGUUUCACGUACACCAACAUCAAACACAGCAGUUUUGUCACCAGCUUUGGAUCUCUUGGACCUUACGGAGCCAGCUAUGACGAGCAGUAAUAAGACAAAGAAAUCUGAUGUUGCAUCAAGAAAUGAAGCAGCUAAACCUGCUUCCUUUAGAAAAGAGCAAGAUGACACUGAGCUAAUCAAAGUUGAAGUUGAACAAAAUAUUCAGAAUGUCAAAGCCUCACAUAGACCAUCCCUGGAUGCUGUCAGUAUGCCUCCACAUUUAGAGAAAUGGGAAGAAGUAAAUCUACAGAGUGCUAAAACCCCUGAGGAUCAAUGGGUACCAGAAAGGAGACGUUCCAACAGGACUACUUCACAGGAGUUCUUAUGGUCUACAGAAAAUAGAAUCCCAUCUGAACUUGCAUCUGGUAAAAAUUCAUUGGAACUACAUUCAACUUCGACAGAUUUGGACCAAAUGCAAACAGCACAGACUCGGAUGACCAAGGAACAACGCUGGGGAAGUAUGUUACUGACCCGGAACCACUCAACAGAGGAAGAAUUUGAAAGAGCAAAGGCAGCAGUUGAGUCUGACACAGAAUUCUGGGAUAAAAUGCAAGAUGAAUGGGAAGAAAUGGCACGUAGGAAUUGGAUUGCAGGAAGUGAACAGCCAGCAACAAAUACAAACAUCUCCCCACAUGAGAAGGGCUAUUAUUUUCACACCGACAAUCCCUUCAAAGACUGGUCCAAUGCAUUUGAGGAAGCUCUUAAAAAGCAGAAAGAAGGAGAUCUGCCCAAUGCUGUAUUACUGCUGGAAUCAGCAAUUUUGCAAGACCCCUAUGAUGCAGAGGCAUGGCAGUACUUGGGCACCACACAAGCAGAUAAUGAAAAUGAACAGGCUGCCAUUGUUGCUCUCCAGAGAUGUCUAGAAUUACAGUCUUGCAAUUUGAUUGCUUUGAUGGCAUUGGCAGUAAGCUUGACCAACAUAGGUCUACAACAAGAAGCUAGUGAAGCUCUGAAAAACUGGAUUAGACAUAAUCCCAAAUACAAAUAUCUAAUAAGAGGGAAAACUGGGUCUCCAGCCCUUGGGAGAAAAGAAUGUAAAGAAACAGAUGACAGUUCAUCCCUUGCAGAAGUGAAAGAUCUGUUUUUGAAAGCAGCCCAUCAGAAUUCUGAUGCAAUAGAUCCAGACCUGCAGACUGGAUUAGGUGUACUUUUUAACCUCAGUGGAGAAUACGACAAAGCUGUUGAGGCAUUCAAUGCUGCCCUAACAAUUAGACCACAGGAUUAUUUGUUGUGGAAUCGUCUUGGAGCUACAUUAGCAAAUGGAGAUCGGAGUGAAGAAGCUGUUGAGGCUUAUCAAAGAGCUUUGGAAAUUCAACCUGGCUUCAUCCGAUCAAGGUACAAUCUGGGAAUCAGUUGCAUAAACCUGGGAGCUUACAGGUCAGUAUUGAAUUUCAUAACUCAAAUAAAUCUCCAAAACAAUGAUUGCAAAAAUUUCAGGAUACAGUGUAAUGAAAACAGAAUUUGA